AUGAAGUUCUUCGCUGCUGCCGCUGCUCUGUGCACCCUUGUAGCUGCCGCUCCGCUUGCACCUUGGGAAGUGAUGGCACCUCCACCUGAUGGAACCCAAUUCUACCAGCUCCAAACCAAGUCAGCAACAGCAGCUGUUUCUGGGCAAUGGGUAGCCUUGAAGACCGGAUCGACAACGUACUCACUCGCCGCUCAACAAGCUGCUGCCACCAAAUUCUUCGUCAACAAGUACGCACCUACUAGCACUUUUGCUGUCCACAAUGCCGACGACACCCGUCAACUUGCUCUCCAAGGCCCAAAUGGGGUCCUGCUAUCGCUCGUCGAUGCAACGAACCCAACCACCGAUUCCAUUCCCAAGGGGACAUUGAUGGAAUGGGCUACUUUCACCAUGGAUAACAACGUGCUUUUCGUCAAGGACGGAAGCACCCUCGCCAAUCGUACCUUCGUUGCGGUGAAGGGAUCCGGCAGCGACUACGGUAUCGCUCUCUACGAUGGUAAGUACUCCGUCAACGAAAGAGCGUAUCUUCCACCUAACGAUUCUCAAGGUGCCAGUACAACUGCGUCGACCAUUACUCCUGUCACGAUCAACAUCGUGAAGGCAUAG